UCAUGCAUUAAGGGGGUUUACCCUCGCUGGUUAAGCGAUGCUGCAAAUUAAAUUACCCACACACAAAAACAGAAUAAAUGCGACUGGAAUUGGCUCUUAAUUCUUUAUAUUGCACUUGAAAUUGUCAUUAUAUAGGUUGAUAUAUAAUUGCUCAAUACUAUAACUACAUAAUUUUAUAGUAAUUAACGAUAUGUCCCACAUUUACCGGAUGAGCCUGCAAUUAAUUUGGACUCAAAAUGGAAACCAUAUUAAAUGCAGGAAAGCGCAUUGAUGAAAAGUUAGCAUCGGCAUUCGGAGAACUCAUUUGCUCUAAGUAUUAUUGGAGUAAAUUGAUUCAGACUUACUAAGAUCAAUAUUAUGUGUCAGGAGCAUUAGAAUCAGUAAAAUGUGGUCAUGGAGUUAAACAGUCAGGAAAUCAAUAAACUUGAUAAACGUAUAUUGACGUCCCUUCAUUCCCAGACAACUAUAGAUAACUAUGGAGCAGUUAUACGAGAGCUAGUUCAAAAUAGUAUGGAUGCCAAUGCGACUCGGAUCAUCAUAAGACUCGACCUUAACUCUAUUGGAGCCAUUAUAUCAGAUAAUGGUUAUGGAAUUAGUCCCGAUAAUUUAGAUAAGAUAGGUGAACGAUACUCUACAUCCAAAUUGAAGUCAUGGUCGGAUUUAAAAAAUGUUAAAAGCUUUGGAUUCAGAGGCGAAGCAUUACACUUUAUUAGCUCAAUGACUGAUUUUUCAAUCAUAUCCAAACAUAAGUCAUAUAAAUCAGCUUUUAAAGUAUAUACAAAUGGGUCAUCUAAGAAAAUAUGUAUAUAUGACCUUGAUAAAAAUUCCAAAACAUUGUUCCAUAUGGAACUCAUCCAGAAAGCAGGUACAAUUGUUUCAUUUCGUAACUUAUUUCAUAAUUUACCCGUAAGAAGGAAACAUAUUAUAUCAUUAUCUUCUCAUAAAUUAAUAGAACAAGUCAGAGAAGCUGUAUUUGUAUCUUUAAUCAAGAAUCCAUUAAUUCAUAUAAUUGUUUACGAAGAUAACUUCAAAACAGGUGAGUUAUCAAAAUGUUUCGAAGUCAAUUGUCAAUCUGGAAGUUAUUCUGAUAUAUAUAAAAAUAUUUAUGGUAUUACUAACUUAGUAGAUUCCAUGCCAAUCCUGGCAAAGUUUAUGAAUUAUACCAUAUGUGGCUUUAUUGGAGAAGCACAAGCUAACAAGAAUCAAUUCGUGUUUAUUAAUAAUAGACCAUUUUGUAUUCCAUCAGAACACUCGAAAGAAUUGAAUAAAUUAUUCAAUAGCUUUAAUACGUUGGAUUCAGAACAGGAUUUAAUAAAAUCAUCUGGUCCAUUUUGUCAAUUCCAGACCUUUUUAUUGUAUGUUAGUACUCCAACUGAAACUUCCGAGUUAAUUCAAACUCCCUCUAAAAUGGUAUAUUAUUCUAAGCAUUGGCCUUUUAUAUUCGAAAUGGUGAAGAAGAUCUUCAUUCGGUAUGCUGAAAGUCGAGGAGUUUCUAAUGAAGUCUUACGUGAAAAGUUUUUAAAAACACCUAGUCCUAAGAAGCAGUCUAUUCAAAUGUCUUUCAGUCCAUCGUUGGCUCGUUUUGCUUACAAUUCUAAUAUGAAAUCGAACGAUAUUCAAGAAAUUGAAUACAACCCACAAGAUAGUUAUGGUACAGGAUCGCCUAGAAAGAAAAGAAAAUCGAAUCUGCAGCUCGGUACCAGUCAUUCAUGUGUUUCAAGUCAUAGCCCUUCUCAUAUUAAAAUUGAGUCUAGUAUUUCAAGAGAUGAUUUAAAAAAUCGGAAUUAUCGAAUUGUCAAACAAAUUGAUAAAAAGUUCAUAUUAUUAAGUAUGAAUAAAGAAAAAGCCAACAAUCUUAUAAUACUUGAUCAGCAUGCUUCAGAUGAGCGUGUAAAAGUUGAGAAAUUGUUUAAAGAAUUUAUUGAAAGUGUAGUCGAUCCAACUAUAAAUAUACUGCUUCGAUUAUUAAACCCUAUUGAGAUAUCAUUGAGUCAUUCUGAAAUAGGAUUAUUCCAUGAAUACAUUGAAAACUUGAAAAUGUUUGGAAUCAAUUUCCAGAGCUCUAACAACAAAAUUCUUGUAACACACCUUCCACAUUAUUUGUUAGAGAAAGUUAAAGAUGAUUGCAAAUUUCUCAAAUUAAGUUUGUUACAACAUCUCCAUGAUUUAGAGAACAAAGUAAAAUCUACAACUUUAGGUGACAAUUGGAUUGCUGACAUCAACGCCUUACCGCGAGUAUUAGUAGAGAUCAUCAAUUCUAAGAGUUGCCGUUCUGCUAUAAUGUUCGGUGAACAUUUAACCAUGCAUCAAAUGGAAGUAUUGGUUCGAGAUUUGGGUAACUGUAAGUUGCCUUUCCAGUGUGCUCAUGGAAGACCAACAAUAGUUCCUCUUGUAAAUCUCAGUAAUUAAUUUGUAGAGAAAUAAAAGUAACUAUAGAAUGGCUUGUAUAUAGAAGUAGGCAUCAAUACUGAUCUUUGAUUUUUAAAUGGGUGUGAUGAAGAUGUAAAGUGUUGAUUUUCUUUUGAAUAUAGUAAGUCUCAUAGUGUAUAAUUAACGUUAGAUCAGACAAAGCACUAGCAAUUACAAGGACUGCGAGGACUGUAAGAAUUGACACAUCCUUCUAGAGUAAAGUUAUUUAAUAUAAAGAUAACAAAGAUAAGUUCCUUUUCAUACCUCUUCGGUAUAAUUAAUUAUUUCUAGAAUGAGGAC